GAACGCCGGGAAUGAUCAUCCUAUAGUUUUUGAUUUGCGAAAUGCUUCACCACCAUUCUUUAUUUCUAGAUUUAUUUAUGCGUAAUAAGUUUCAAUAUUACAAUGUGCAAAAGUUAUGAAAACAUAAAUUAAAUUCGUCAUGAAACAACCGCCAAUAAAUCAACUCGUGAUAUAAGGGGGAGCCAAUCAAAUUCAAACUUUCGCAUAGUACCAGAGCUACUUCUUUCGCGGAAGCACGUAUAUAUCGGAAAGCAAAAAAAAGAAAUUUGCGCCGGAGAACAUUAAUUUGUGCCGAGUUACAGGCAAUUAAACAGGGUGUCCAAAUAUAAAGACCUAACAAGCCCUGGGGACGAGGUUGAAGCAAUUUGUUGUGAAUAGGUGUUUUUCGUGCUAAGCGUUAUACUUUGUAACAACAAAACAAAGAUGGCAGCAAGAAUGCACAUGUUUUAAAAAUUAAAUCUGCUCAGGAAGGAAAGAGGUCAUGGAUGAUUUCAAAGAUGACACACUACUUCAUCUUUUUAACUUGGCUUCAGAUUGUAGCAGGAUCAGAUUUAUCACCUUCAAACAGUGGCUCUCAGCGAACUGAAUUAAAUUGCAGCAAAACGUUGCCACAAUGGAUAGGUUUUGAUGACUCAAAUUACACUCAAGGUGAAUUGUUGGAGAACAAUGGAAUGAUGGUUUAUCCAUUUGAUGCAUUUGGAUGCAGUGGAAGAGUUAUGUCGCUUCAGAGUACUGAAAAUUUAGAUAUAAUUGACCUUUUUAUUGAAAAUACUAAAGGUGAACAAACAGAGGUAAUGUUUCACAACACAAGACUUAAUGGAUUUCACUUCUAUAACUUUGAACCUUCCGAAGCUGAUUUACCAAAGACUGUUUUUGAAGCUGGUUACAAAGCUGGGAUAGUAACUCGUAAUUUUUUCACGUUAAACACACCAGGCCAAUAUUUUUAUUUUAAAACGUCCCAAGGAGAAACCGUUAUGACAGACAAAUCUGUGAAACUUAAUAUGCAAAUUGGCUCAGAAUAUGGUUUAAAAGGAUGGUCAAACUUGAGUGAUUGUGAUCCAACAAAUGAUGUUUAUGGUGCGGGUACCAACCAAAAGCAUCAACUUUGCACGCUUAUUAAAAAUGGUGAAGUGGUCAAUGAAACAUUGUGCACUGAGGAAAUACAUUUUGUUAGAAAAUGCAAUUUUACUCCAGAAUGGGUUUCAUGGGCUAUGUGGUCUAUGUGUGAUACACCUGAUUUUUGUGGUAAUGGGUCCCGACGGAGAUUUAGAACACAAUGUAAUGACACUUCCAGUGGGAAUAUUGUGGAUUCAGAAAAGUGUGGUAAUAAGUCAGUGGAGACGGAACACUGUUAUGAAUAUUGUCCAUCUGAUUACUACUGGAACAACACAUAUAUGGUUUUGAAGAAGAACUGUACAGCAUACCUUCCGCAUGAACAAGAGUCCAUCGCUGGUUGUGGAAAUGGCUUUGAAUUAUAUAUAGCAACAUGUUAUGUUGAUGUGCAAGACCCGCAAAUAGUUGAAGAUGAAAGAAAAUGUGGCGUAACUGCUCCACAUCAAUUGAUCAGUUGUUACAUUCCGUGCGCAGGCGCAGAGUCACAAGACACAAGAUCAUAUCAAUUGGCAGAUAUUUUCCAUGACAGCAUAGAAAAAAGUACUGUUGAUUCAUUUACACCGGCCCAACUAUCUGCAGAAGCUGAUUUAACUAUACAUGGAAAUUUUGAUUUUGGUGAUGCAUCAUGCCCUGGUCAACUAUUUGCAUUUAAACCAAAUAGUCCUGUCGAUCCAUAUAUAUUUGAGGUGCAGUUUAAUAAACUUGUCUACCUUACUCAGUUCAGAUUUGUGGUUUCCAAUGAUGGCACAAGUAGUUAUAGUAUAACAUUUACAGACGUUAACUACAAGCAAAUUUUGAUAGAGAAUGAUUUGAUACUUCGCGAAACAACUGGAUUUACUAUUUUAUCCCUUAAUAACAUUUUGGUAUCUGGCAGUAGACUUCAUUUGGAACAAAAUUUACAAGAGUGUAUAUCCAUUAGAAUUGAGGGAUUCCUUGCUGGAGAAUGGGGCUCCUGGGGAAAUUGGUCAUCUUGUGAUGGUGAUUGUCGUAACAAGAGGGUUUGGAAUCGUACACGGGAUUGUUUUAAAACUGGCGAUUUGCAAGACAGAAUUGAUCGUAAAUAUUGUGUUGGUUCAUUUAUAGAGUACGACCAAUGUAAAUGUGAAGAAUUGUUCCAUUGGAACUUGCAAAUUAGCUGGGGAAACUGUACAUUAAACAACAGUAAAACAUGUGGAAACGGUUUUAAAUAUAAAGUGCCAGAUGAAUGCAUGUAUAAUACAACAGAGUUAACUAAUCAUGAAGAAGAGAAAUGGCGAUGUGGUGAAGUACCUAUUCACGUCAGAAGCUGUUACGUACCUUGCGCUGAUACGUGCGACCUUGUCCAUUCCCCCAGAUCUUACCGUUGUGAAAGUGUGCAUCUUGUGGAUCCCGAGUAUUCGACUGUCAUAGAUGCGUAUUUAUCAACAACGAUCUCAUUAAAUCAAACCAAGGAUGAAUUCACAUUAUUAAUGAAGUGUGAAAGCCAGUCUUCAGAAGGAUACAUUCAACCAAAUGUUAUUAUAAACAGCAUAAUAUAUAGCUCAUCAAUUUCAUUAUCUGUGUUGACCAAUGACGGAUUUAAUUCUGAAGUUCAGCUAACACCUUCAUUAAUUGCCACUACAUUCAUUUUCCUUCCCCACGGAUGGAUGACCAUAUUUGGUUCAAGUGCAAUUUCAAAUGUUCAAAUUUAUUUCGCAUCAAUUUCUGGAUGCGACUUGCCUCAAUGGAAGCAUGUGCCAGGAAUUUGCAAUGCAACAUGUGAAUUUGGUGCAAAAAUUAAUGGCACAAGGAAUGUGACAGUUGAGUGUCGUGGUGGAGGGUCAAAUAAUGAUGACCAGCUCUUUUCAAAUGAAUAUUGUCUUGGCCAAAUAACAGAGAAGUUUUACCUUGAAGAUUGUGCGGGUGAUCUUGUUUGCUUUAAUUACACAACCUGGAGUGAAUUUGGUGAAUGCGGGGGAGACUGUGGAAUAAACGGAACUAAAAAUCGUACACGUGAUUGUUUCGGCAAUGGAAUCUCGUAUCCUCUUGGAAAUUGUUCACACCUCGGGGAACAUAUCCAAAUUGAGUCUUGUUAUAACGAUGGUACGCCAUGCUUUGAAUGGGCUACUUGGGAGAAUUGGUCGAAAGCAUGUAACAACACAACUUCAUACAGAAAGAGAGCUUGUCUAAGAGACAGUGAAAGUGGAGAUUACCUACCAGCAUCUCCUUAUAAUUGUACAAACAUAUUCCAUGAAUCUUUUAAGCAGACGAAAAUAGUUCACAACAACGUUUCGUGUUUUGAAUGGGGUAAUUGGACCAGUAUUGGAUGCAGCAAUGACUGUGGAACAGGCGUUGAGACAUUUAAAAGAGAAUGUUAUCAUUGGAAAUUAGGACUUUUACUGGAUUCGUCACCUUGUCUUAAACUUGGGGAAAAAUACAAUACUUCAGUAUGCCAACUUGCACCGUGCAGUGGAUACAGCAAUUGGACAGAAUGGAGUGAAAAUUGCACCAAACCAUGUGGUGUAGGAAAGCAAUAUCGAAACAGAACUUGUUAUUACAAUAAUCCAUCAUUUUGUACUUUAAAUGAUGUCGAAGAAAAGGAUUGUAACGUGCACGAUUGUCCAGUUGAUGGCGAAUUGAUACCAUGGACUUCUUGGUCAUUAUGCAAUGUGAGUUGUGGUAGUGGUUUUAAUGAGAGAUACCGGUAUUGCAUGCCACCAAGACACGGAGGUUUACCUUGCGACAGUGUAAAUGGUUCUUCUGUUGAACAUGAACACAAGCCUUGCUAUACUUCAGUGAGCUGCCCUGGAAUUGCUGAAACAAGUCCUGGUGAAAGCUGCACAGAUUUCUGCGCGUCAAAAGGUCUAAUUUGCUAUAACAAUUUUAAUUCGACGAAUAUGACCCAUUUGCUUAUAAAUUCUGGUAUAAAGUGCGGAAUGAACUCACGACCGCAGUAUUCGGAGGAUUAUGAUCCAAGUGUAAGGAUGGGUGAUUGUGCGGGUUUUGAAAAUGUGGAAAAUUAUGAUUGCGAUGCUGUACCUCUUGAUAAAGUAACAAGUCGCAUUUGCAACUGCUUAAGUGCAGAUGAUAUUCAGUAUGGUCCAUGGCAGCAAUGGGGUCAAUGCGAUAGUCGUUGCAGUUAUGGGGUGAAAGAAAGAUACCGACAAUUGAGUGAUGACAUUGUUGAUAAGACGCCAUGUAAAACGCGGAUAUGUGAAGUGGAUGGCAAAUGGAGCGCUUGGAACGAGUUUUCUUCGUGUUCAGUUACAUGUGGAGCUGGGACAAAAUUUCGAACACGUUCGUGCAUUGAUCCUUUAUUUGGAGGGCGGCAGUGUUACGGCAUGGACACGGAAUAUGUAGACUGUGGAGCACCUGCUAUAUGCCCAGUAAAUGGUGGUUGGUCUAACUGGACAAAAUAUGAAGAAUGCGAUCGACCCUGUGGCGGAGGGAGACGAAUACGUCAUCGUAAAUGUAACAGCCCUACUCCAGAAUUUGAUGGUGCACCUUGUCCCGGUAAUAGAGUUGAAUGGAAACCGUGUGCUAAUCAUUCGUGCAGUUCUGUGAGAGUCGAUCUCCUAUUGGAAUUUGUAGAUGAACCAUUUUACGAAGAAAUAGUUAGAAUGACAUCGACAACUUCAUACGAUUUCAAGGAAAAAAUUAAACGCUCAGUCAGAAACUUGUACGAUGAUCAUCCUUUCGACGAAGUAAAUGAUUUGCGACUGUUUAUUUUUCAUUCGUUCAGUGAAGGUACUGGAGAAGGAAUCAACAAAAAGAUAAAAACAUGAACAUUUUAAUAGCAACCGUUGCAAUCUCAAGAACGCAUUUUAUAUAGAAUUUUUACAUCACAUUUAGCAUGGUGUCAGCCCUGUACAAUCAUAGAAUGUCCUGCUCCCCGAUCGUAGAAAGUUUUGGAAAGUCUUAAAUUACGAUUUUAGAGUAUCCUGAAAAAGUAGUGUGUCUAAAUAUGACGUUAUAAAGUGGAAACUUUUACUCAAUAAAACUAGCCCUAAAAUUUAGUACAGUUUUGAAAAUCAUAGCAUUAAAACGUCAUUCGUCCUGGAAAAUGUCUCUGAUGUUUUGUUCUCUAGAGAAUUUAUAGUAAUAUCUUAAUUUAAAGUUAAAACUUACUGGGCA